CGUGAGCCUCAUGUGACAGAGGUAGGUCAGGCAGAGUCAGAGGGUUUAUUUAACUCGUCGCUCGGUCCUCCCCCACUUUCCCAAACGCCACCAACAGGACCACGGCGUUGAACAUCGCUGGGACUAACUUCAAACUAUUUCCACACGCAAAACAAUAAGAUUCACACCAAUACGACUAUUUGCCUUAUUUGAAUACUGCGGAAUUAAAUCAAAUCGAAAACCUUUCUUGUGGCAUUGCAUUUAACUAACUGCUUUUUUUUCUUCAACUUUUUUCAUCACGCGUAAAUAAAUGCGUUUUUAUUUGUAACUUUUAUUGGAGAAGUACGGUGGUAAAAAAUACUCUGUGAUUGGAGUGAAAAGAAUGGAGCGAAUCCCAAGCGCGCAACCACCUCCCCUGUCCAAACACCAGGCUGAUCUGUCGGACGUGCAGGGGAUGGAUUUCCCGAUGUAUGUUUAUAAACCCAGACGAGGAAUGAAGAGAGGAGAGGAGAGCAAGGAAACCUACAAGCUGCCUCACAGACUUAUUGAGAAGAAAAGGCGUGACCGGAUAAACGAGUGUAUCGCUCAGUUGAAAGAUUUAUUACCAGAGCACCUGAAACUCACGACUCUGGGCCAUCUGGAGAAGGCUGUGGUUUUAGAGCUUACACUCAAGCACGUGAAAGCCCUCACCUCUCUUCUGGAGCAGCAGCAGCAGAAGAUCCUCGCUCUGCAGAACGGCAUGCAAAUUGAUCAGCCUGCUGUCAACCAGGAGAAGUCAGAGGAGAUGUUUCGCUCUGGCUUCCACAUUUGUGCCAAGGAGAUGCUUCAGUAUCUUGGCAAUCAUGAAACUAAUGGAGAUUUCACACCAUCCCAUAUGAUCAAUCACCUUCACAAGUUAGCCGCAGAGGUGCUGCAAAGUCCGGUCCGACCCCGCACUCCUCUUAGCCCUCAAGCUGAAGAAAUCCCUGCCUACCACCAGCACCAACCUCACAAGGAGAAGCCCACCAGCUUACCCCCUAAACCCAGCGAGGGCUACGGGAGGAACUGUGUACCCGUCAUCCAGCGUGCGCACGCUCCGACGAGCAGUGAGCAGAGUGGCAGUGAUACGGAUACAGACAGCGGCUAUGGGGGAGAGCUGGAGAAGACUGAAUCUGGGGCGCAACAGGGACGUCCAGAUUACUACAGUCAGGAGAGCCAUCUGAAGCGAGCGCUCGCCGAAAGACAGAGCUCCGGCAUCAAACAGGAGGAAGACGAGCCGCGCCACAAACCCCGGGUGGAGUCGUCAGAGGACGAGCUGCUCUCAGGUGGAGAAUCAUCAACAUCGUCGUCCUCAUGCGGUUACGCCAGUUACAUGAGCGUGUCCCCCAACCAUCCAACUCCUCCACACCCCCUCUGCAUGCCUUUCUACCUCAUUCCACCCUCUGCUGCGGCCUACCUGCCGAUGCUGGAGAAAUGCUGGUACCCCGGGGCUGUGCCCAUGCUCUAUCCUGGCAUGGGAGGCUCUGCACCCACCAUGUCCAGCGAAAGACUGCCUGCACCUCAGCUGGUGUUGUCUCCCAGGGGAGGCUCUCCGGCCCCAGUCAUAUCUCAGACCCCCAUGGACUCCCCUGCCCUCCUUCAAGCAUUAAAGCAGGUACCACCCCUCAACCAGGAAACCAAAGACUGAGAGAGCAGGGGCGAAGAGGUGAUCCCGAUCUAGUACCCAGGAGUAGAGACAGUAGUAGAAAUGAAAACAUGACCCAUCCUCAUUCCCGUUCUCUGUCCUUUAGCCGGGAGGUCAAACAGCAAACUGGAGGACUUGUAGAAAUGAUCAAGAGGAGAUGGAGAAGAGGGCAACAUCCGUCCACACUCUGAGGAUGCAAAUCUCUGGCUGAAUGUUAAAUGCUCAGUGGUAUUACUCAGUGCAAAUGUAUAAUACAAACCGGACCUGCCCUGCAUACACACCAACACAUACACCUGGUUGAAUGUAAAGAAAGAAACAUUUUAGAUGCUGCUCUUAAUGUUUAAAACGCAGAUGACACUGAUGCGUCUUGUAGCUGCAAUAGAGACACGCCAUCUUUGUACUUUAGAAAGUGUUGCACCAAAUGUUAGAGGUAAUUUUUUCAUCCAAAGUUUGUUGCCUACGUCCUUUAGAUCCCCAUUACGCUCAUCACUGAGGAUGCCCUUCGAACCAGACACUAUGCUGACUGGCACCAUAAGAUACAAGGGUUUCCUCAAGUGUGUACAGACAACAGUAAAGGUACACCCAAUGCACGGAUGAAGGAAUGGGCCACCACAUGACCACACUGAAUGAGAAGUCUUGUUUUUCAUUGAUAAACAGACAGUUCAGAUGGAUUUCCUGUAAUUAUUGUUCAUAGCCUUCUUGUACAUUUCUAUUUUUGAUACCUGUUCUCACACUCUGUCCAUGCGGAGCGAUAGAAGCUGCGCAGAGUGCGGACAAUUGUACGUUGUGUACUCAGAAAACUGUGUGCAUACUGUAGCACUGUGCUGGACCUGGUCUGCAUACUAGACAUCUGUUUCUGCUCAAGUCAAACCUGGUGUUUGUUCUUGCUGUUGCCUUUUACUUGUGAAAAGCUGAUAAAUCUCAGAUGUUUAUUCUCUGUACUACGUAUGAAUACUGGAGUCAAAGGAGGGAGGAGGAGAGAAGUUGAAUGUAAAAGUUUUACCAGAAGACUAGUUUUCUACAGAAAGAGGUACUUGAGAUUUUAUAUUUUGGGACCUACAUGAAAGAUGUUUGAUGUACAUAUUUUGUCUAUAAAUGUUGGUAUACAUUAUAUAAGUGUAUUAAUAAAGUAUUUUUUCCCGUG